AUGACUCAAACCUACUUUGACGUUUCCGCUGACGGAUCCCCAUUGGGCAGAAUCACUUUCCAACUUUACGACGAUGUUGUCCCCAAGACUGCUGAAAACUUCAAGGCCUUGUCUACUGGUGAGAAAGGUUUUGGUUACAAAGGCUCCAUCUUCCACAGAGUCAUUCCUCAAUUCAUGUUGCAAGGUGGUGACUUCACCAACUUCAACGGUACCGGUGGUAAGUCCAUCUACGGCACCAAGUUUGCCGAUGAGAACUUUGCCAAGAAGCACACCAAGCCCGGUUUGUUGAGUAUGGCCAAUGCCGGUCCAAACACCAACGGAUCCCAAUUCUUCAUCACCACUGUUCCCUGCCCAUGGUUGGACGGUAAGCACGUUGUCUUUGGUGAAGUUGUUGAUGGUCUUGACGUUGUUAAGAAGAUUGAAUCCUUUGGUUCUAACUCGGGUGCCACCUCCAAAAAGAUCACCAUCGACGACUCUGGUGUGUUGUAA